GGCAAAAUGGCAAAUAUCCAUGGAGCUUUUGUCUUCUCCCCGAUCCCCAUAGGGAAAAGAAAACCCGAAAAGAAAAUCAAGCGGAGGCGAGAUGGCGACCGGAGGCGAGGCGGCGCCGGAGGGGGAGGAGGGGGAGAGGGACUGGGCGGAUCUGACGCCGGUGUGCCUGGCGGAGGCGUUCUCGCGGCUGGGCCUGGAGGACCUGUGGCGCGGCGCCAUGGCGUGCUGCCGCUCCUGGCGGGCGGCCGCGCGCUCCCGGCCGGCGCUCUUCGCCGCGCUCGACCUCGGCCCGGCCUUCGAGGCCGUCGGCGCCGACGCUGCCGAGUGGUGGACGCCCGCCUUCCAGCGCCGCGUCGACGCCAUGCUCCGCUCCGCCGCCUCUUUCGCCGCCGGGGAGCUCCGCGAGGUCCGGGUCCGGCACUGCUCCGACGACGCCCUAGCCUUCGCCGCCAAGAGCUCCCCACAGCUCAGCAUCCUUUCCAUCCAAAGCAGCCCGGGCGUAACUGACCGAUCAAUGCUCACUGUUGCGUCCUGCUGUCCUAUCCUUACAGAAUUGGACAUCAGCUACUGCUAUGAGGUUUCAUACAAGUCACUCGAGGUGAUUGGCCAGAACUGCCCUAACCUUGUGGUCCUUAAGAGGAGCAUAUUCAACUGGCUUGAUUCAUCAGAGCAUGCUCGAACAGUUCCAGCAGAGUAUCUAAGAGCAUGCCCCCAGGACGGUGACAGGGAAGCAACAGCGAUCUCGAGGUCCAUGCCGAAGCUGAAACAACUCGUGCUCAGGUUCGCAAAGCUAUCUGGCGUCGGCCUCAACUCGAUCGCAGAAGGAUGCAAGGAGCUGGAGGUCCUGGACCUGUUUGGCUGCGCGAAUUUGACGAGCAGGGGGAUAGAGCAGGCUGCUGCUAACCUGAAGAACCUGGAGACGCUGGUGAAGCCCAACUUUUACAUACCGAGGUCGGCCUUCCACAUGGAGAGGUAUGGUCACUGGCAGUUAUACGACGAGAGGUUCCAGACAAACGUAUUCCAGAUAUGAAAAGAACAACCCUCGUGUUCUCAAGGGUCGCCUCUGGCUGACGACGUCUCGCAUGCUCAUUACUGUUAUAUACUGUAUGUGUAUGACAGCUACUCCCUCCGUCUCAAAAUAUAAGAGCGUUUUUGGCACUACACUAGUGUAAAAAAUGCUCUUAUAUUUUGGGACGGAGGGAGUAUGUUUGUUUGGAGAGUAGUAACAUUCUGUUUGAGCCAUCUUUUUCCACAAUAUAUAUUUACAUGGGAGAUGGUUUUGCUUGCAGUAUUUGUAAAUUUAUUUAUGGUCCACCCGUGUUCCCAAGGUUCGCCUCUUACUGACGAGGGAUUGUGUGCUCGUUGCUCUUAUAUUUGUGUAUGUGUAUAUGACAGGUAUGUUUGUUUGGAGAGCAGUAACAUUUUGUUUUACACAUCUUUUCUGAAAUCUGUAACAUGGGAGAUGGUUUUGCUUUCAAUAUUUGUAAAUUUGUUUAGGUGUCCUA